AUGAGGUUGACUAUUCGUGUGAUCGAGGCCCGCAACCUGCGGGCCAUGGAUUCCAACGGUUUCAGUGAUCCGUAUGUGAAGCUGCAUCUUGGGAAGCAGCGAUUCAAGACCAAGGUGAUCAAGAUGAACCUGAACCCGACUUGGGAUCAGGAGUUCAGCUUCCUUGUUGGCGAUGUCAAAGAUGUGCUCAAGCUUGAUGUCUAUGACGAGGACAUCCUCCAGAUGGAUGACUUCCUGGGCCAGAUAAGGGUGCCAUUGGAGGAUGUGCUGGCUGCCGAUGACUUGUCGCUCGGUACCCGGUGGUACCAACUUCUUCCCAAGGGCAAAACCAACAAGAUGGUCGAUUGUGGGGAAAUCUGUGUCUCAAUAUCGUUAGAAUCAUCUGGAGCCUCGCAAUCAUGGUCUGAGGACCUUGGAGCCGAAGUAACUGAUAUACAGAGAGACUAUUCAUUGUCAAGCCAAAGCACGGCCCCAUCUAUUGCAUUUGCUUAUCGAGAAACUGAAACUUGUAAAGAAGACGAUGAAUGUUCCGUUAGAUCUGAAAUCCCUGCAGAGGAUAGAAGUAGUAAAGUUACUGAUAGAAAUCAAGCUGCUGCAGAGGACAAGCCAAAUGGGAAUUCUAGUGCAGCUUUGAAUGGAAUUGAAACGUCUAGUGGUAAAACAGAUAAGUCUGAUAAGCUAUCAUUUGUUGAUCGUGUCUGCCAAAUAUUUGCUAAAAAAAAUGGCGAUACGGUGCCAACCUCCUCUGGAAGCUCUGAGGCUUUAGAAGAAGUUCAAGAGGAAGCAAGUGGAUGUGAGCUUUCAGUGAGUCAAACUGAUAAUGUGUGCCCAGAGACUCCAUUCAGUGAACUACUGAAAUCUCUUGAAUCACGACAUGAAGGAGUCGAGAUGCCUGUAAAUCUACAAGGAAUUCUUGUUAAUCAGUCGUAUCUUGCCUCACCUAGUGAUCUGAAUAACCUUCUCUUCUCACCAGAUUCAGAUUUUAAACAAACAAUGGUUGAGCUUCAAGGCUGUACUGAUUUCAAAACUGAACCCUGGAGGCUUGAGAACGAUGGGGAGUCCUUGAAGAGAGUGGUAACAUACACAACUGCACCAUCAAAAUUGGUUAAAGCCGUUCGAGCAACAGAGGAGCAAUCUUAUUUGAAGGCUGAUGGAAAAGAGUUUGCAGUUUUAUUGAGUGUGAGCACUCCUGAUGUUCCCUGUGGUACUUAUUUUCGGACGGAAAUUCUUUUCCGUAUCAUGCCAGGUCCUGAACUUGAUUCACAGCAACAGACAUCACAUUUGGUAGUAUCUUGGCGCAUGAAUUUUCUUCAGAGUACUAUGAUGAAAAGUAUGAUAGAAAAUGGAGCUAGGCAGGGCUUGGAGCAAAACUUUGCACAGUUUUCGGAUUUACUAUCACAAAAGAUCAAGCCUAUUGACGUAGAAGGUUCUGGGUCUGACAAGGAACAGGUCUUGGCCUCUUUGCAAGGUGGCAAGGAAUCUGAUUGGAAGAUAGCAUUUCUGUACUUCUGCAACUUUGGUGUCUUAUCCUCCCUUUUUGUGUCUCUUUACAUUAUUCUGCAUGUUCUACGAGUGAAUCCAAGUGCUGUUCAAGGCCUUGAGUUCCCAGGAUUAGAUCUGCCAGAUUCGUUCAGUGAAAUUAUCAUGGGUGGGCUGUUGUUUCUUCAAGUACAGCGCGUACUUAAGAAUAUUACAUGCUUUGUUCAAGCAAGAGGACAAAAAGGUGGUGAUCAUGGUGUGAAAGCAAAAGGCGAUGGAUGGUUGUUAACGGUUGCUUUAAUCGAGGGAAUCAAAUUGGCUCCAGUCGAUGCUACUGGUUUCUCUGAUCCUUAUGUGGUAUUUACUUGCAAUGGCAAAACAAGAACAAGUUCAAUCAAGUUCCAAACACUAGAGCCUCAGUGGAACGAAAUAUUUGAAUUUGACGCAAUGGAUGAUCCACCGUCAGUGAUGAGUGUACAUGUAUAUGAUUUUGAUGGACCAUUCGAUGAAGUUACAUCCCUUGGACAUGCGGAAAUUAACUUUGUAAAAUCAAACUUGUCAGAGUUAGCUGAUGUAUGGAUUUCUCUUAAAGGUAACCUUGCUCAGUCUUGGCAGUCCAAGUUGCAUCUGAGGAUUUUCUUGAACAACUCAAAGGGGACUGGCAUGGUCACUGAGUAUAUGAGCAAAAUGGAGAAAGAGGUCGGUAAGAAGAUGACGUUGAGGUCUCCUCGGACCAAUACUGCAUUCCAAGAACUCUUCUCUCUGCCAGCAGAAGAAUUUCUCAUCAGCAGUUUUACCUGCUACUUGAAGAGGAAAUUGCCUACACAGGGUCAUCUUUUCUUAUCUCCAAGAACAAUUGGGUUUUAUUCAAGCAUGUUUGGGAGGAAAACAAAAUUUUACUUUCUGUGGGAGGAUAUUGAAGACAUACAGGGAAUACCUCAAUCAAUAUCAUCAUGGAGUCCAUCCAUUAUAAUAACUCUUCACAAAGGUAGAGGCAUGGAUGCAAAGCAUGGUGCAAAGAGCAUGGACAAUGGAAAGCUUAAGUUCUGCUUGCAGUCUUUUGCAUCAUUUAGUGUGGCCAAUAGGACAAUAAUGGCAUUAUGGAAGGCAAGAUCUUUGAGCACGGAGCUUAAAGUACAGCUUGCUGAAGAACAGUCCCAAAUUAACACCCUUCAGAGUGAGGACAGUGGGGUUUUUGUUGGUAUUGAGGAUGCCAAGAGCCUUCAGAUGACUGAAGUUUUCUCCUCAACCAUUUCAACCAAUAUGGCCUCGCUUAUGGAGGUAUUUGCAGGAGGAUCUUUGGAAAUGAAGGUGAUGGAGAAAGUUGGAUGCCAGAAAUACUCGGCUACACAGUGGGAAUCAGAUAAGCCCAAUGAGUAUCAACGACAAAUUCAUUACAAGUUCAGCAAGAAGCUGUCUCCCGUUGGUGGAGAAGUCACAGGAACCCAGCAGAAAUCUCCUAUGCCCAAUAAGAAAGGAUGGAUUAUUGAAGAGGUGAUGGAGCUCCAAGGAGUCCUUCUUGGCGACUUCUUUACGCUCCACAUAAAGUACCAGAUCGAGGACCUCGCUCUUAAGCAAAGAGCGAGCAGUGUCCAAGUAUCCCUGGGAAUCGAGUGGUCAAAGAGCACGAGGCACCAGAAGCGAAUCGAGAAGAACGUCUUUUCCAGUUCAUCCGCUCGCCUGAAGGAGAUGUUCAACCUGGCGUCGAGGGAGCUCUCGCACGCCAGAUAG